AGUAAACCUCCAACAUAUCCAAAUCAACAAUGCUGCGAUCAGCACGGUCACUACUUGCCUCGAGCCGUGCGGCCAUCGCCGCUCCCUCUAUGACCUGCCGAGGCAUCUCCACCUCCCUCCUCCGCACCUCAACCCCCUCCAUCCGUCCCACCGCAUUCACCACCCCCAAGAUUCAGACCAAGGUAUCCGUCCGCCAUGCCUCAACCUACACCCCCCGCCGCACCAAACACAAAAAGGCUCACAAAGGCCGCAUCCCCGUCCGCAUCGGCGGCUCCACAAAAGGCACAACAAUCGUCUUUGGCGAAUACGGCAUCAGACUCAUGUCCGAAGGCGAACGCAUGACCGCAAAACAACUCCAAACAGCCGAAGCGAUCAUCAAACGAAAAAUCAAGGUCGUCAAAGGCGCCCGAAUCUUCCAACGCUUGCACACCGAUUUACCCGUCUGUACCAAGGGAAACGAAACACGUAUGGGAAAGGGAAAGGGAUCGUUUGAUUAUUGGGCGUGUCGUGUGCCGAGUGGGAAGAUUCUGUUUGAGGUUGGUGGGGGCGGGAUUCAGGAGCAGGUUGCGUUUGCGGCGUUGAUGGAGGCUGCGCACAAGUUGCCUGGAAAGGUGGUUUUUGCGAGGAGGGGCGAGCCGCCGUAUGCUGGGAGGAAGCCGGUUCAGGUUGCCAAGGCGGAGGAUAUUGUGGGCGCGAGUGAUCCUGUGCCGGAGGGAGAGUUUGCUACGGCGCCGGUUGUUGGGCCUAUUGCUGCUUAG